AUGCACGCGCUGAUUACCAAUGCCGAUCAGGAGGUGGUCGUCGUUUUGGAAAGUGUUUCCCGCGGCGCACAUGGCGCAGUCCGCGUUAGCUACAGCAAUAAGCAGAGCUUCAACAUUAAAGCCACCCGCAAGGACUUGAACAAGUGCUGUUCGAAACGAACGACACCGGGCCGCUUAUGUCCCAAGACUUUUAUGUCCGCAUCGAGACGAGCCUUCCGCAUGGUCCACGCGCUCAUCAAGAACUGGAACGGCGACGGCACGCUGUACGAGGGCAUCGUCUUGCCUGGCCGCACCGUCUUUCCCGACUGGAUGGCCAACGACGAACGUCUCGGGCAGCUAUGCGCGCCGGUCCAUCGACGAAGCGUCGCUGCAGUGCUGCACUACCUCGCCAAGCGGAAGCACUACGCAUUGUUCGAUCAUGGCGACGUGCGCGGUGCGGCGAGCCUUAGUAGCCCAUACCUCUACCCGUCGUACGACUUCAACAUUACGCGUCACACUGACGGCUAG